GUCCUAUGUUGUCGCAAUUGUAUUAUUACGUUGCUAGUCUUACAGCAUCGACGUAAAGAUAGUGUCGUGCAAGAUAAAUAUUACUACAUAUCUAAUCCUGGCUUGGCAUGCAGCCAGGCGCUUUGCCGUACCCACCCCGUUGGUUCAAGGCUAUUUAGGAUCAUCUGAACGUAUAGCUAGCGACAGCGCGACGAACAUGAGAAAUACCGGAUCUCCUCAGGCUCUCACUCACACUGUAGGACAGAACUAUGGCUCGACACAACCCACCUCAACUUGUCAAGUCGAUGGAACAAUAGCAAACGAACCACCUAGCUUCACUGCCAGAAAUGCUGGGAUGCUAUUCAUCAUUUCCUCCCAGUUCUUCUUCGCUUGCAUGAACAUUUCUGUGAAGAUGCUGAACAACUUGGAGCCUCCGGUUCACGCGUUUCAGAUCAUUGUAGUCAGGAUGGGCAUCACGUUCAUAUGCUGUGCGAUAUACAUGAUUAUCAUGAGGAUCCCUAAUCCGAUCAUUGGUCCAAAAGGUGUUCGAACGCUACUGGUCAUUCGUGGGAUCACCGGGUUUUUCGGAUUAUGUGGCUUGUAUUUGUCAAUUCAGUAUUUGUCUGUCGCAGAUGCGACAGUCCUGGGUUUCUUGAAACCUCUGACAACAGCAGUUGCUGGAUGCGUCCUCCUGAAGGAGAGAUAUUCCAUCAAGCAAGCUGUCGCGGGAGUUUGCAGUUUACUUGGUGUUGUCCUCAUCGCUCGGCCCCCGUUUCUAUUUGUCUCCCUACCAGCUGCCAUCCCUGAAGGACACUACUUGCCAGAACCGACCCCGGUGCAGAGGCUGGCAGGUGUUGGGGUGUCUAUGGUCAGUGUGCUUGGAGCCACUGCAGCAUAUACCUCGAUUCGUGCAAUUGGGAAGCGCGCUCAUGCGCUGCAUAUAUUGACAUCUUUUUCGCUGGGGUGCACCAUCAUGGCAUCUUUGGGGAUGAUCGCCUUCAAUAUUUCAGUCGUAUAUCCAACAAGUAGAUCAUGGACAUGGACGCUUCUUUUGCUCAUGAAUGGUGUCUUCGGCUUCGUGGCGCAGGUUCUUUUGACGAUGGGGCUGCAGCGAGAAACUGUGUCGCGUGGUCUUACCGGAGUGUAUAUCCAGGUGCUUUUCGCUGUGGUGCUUGAACGCCUAAUAUUCGGAGUUGUACCGUCCCUACUGUCAGUUAUCGGUGCGGUCAUCAUUAUGUCAUGUGCUCUCUAUGUCGUCUUGAUGAAGCCAGGAACCUACCCAAGUCAGCACCCCAAGCAGUACAGCGUGAACUAAUGGAUUCCUGCCCCCUCGCAGGCCACGAUGAGGCUUCCCCGGGUCCUUAUAAACCUUGUAAUUGU